UUUCUUCCUAAUAUCUAUUAUAACCCAACUUUCUUUCAGUUUGAAGCCAUUCACCCUUGUCCUGGCAAUACAUGCCUUGCUGAAAGUUCCUCUCAAGCUCUCUUGUAGCCUAAGUACUGAAAUUUACUCUAAGAUCCCACCAAAGCCUUCUCUUCUCCAGACUAAACAACCCCCACUCUCUCAGCCUGUCUCCACAGCAUAGCUGCUGAUCACCUUGGUGGCCUUCUCUGGACCCUCUGCAGCAGCUCCCUGUCCCUCCCGUGCUGGGAGCCCAGGGCUGGACGCAGUGCUCCAGGUGGGUCCAGCAGAGCAGAGCAGAGGGGCAGAAUCCCCUCCCUCCCCUGCUGCCCACGGGGCUCUGGAUGCAGCCCAGGACACGUUUGGCUCUCUGGGCUGAGUGCACACAGCCAGCUCAUGUUGAGCCUCUCACCCAUCAGCAUCCUCAAGCCCUUCUCCUCUGGUCUGCUUUCAAACCAUUCUCUGCUCAGCCUGUAUUUGGGAUUACCUUGACCCACCUCACUUCUACCUCUCUUAAAUGAGGCAGAAUUUGGUUUGUGAGGGAACAUCACUUCCCUAUUCAAGACCUGUCAAAGCAGCUUCUCAUUGUGGCUAUUGAAACACCCACAGCCCUUGAUCAAACUGUCAGUAGCCAUAAAGCAGGUGGAUUGUCUUUGCAGAUGUGUGAGCAGCAGAGUGCACAGAGCCCUGUAGUUUUCUGUUUUCUCAUCACAGUUUUCUGUGGUGAGAGGGGAAAAUUUAUUUGUAGCUUAUACCCCCAAUUCCCUGUAAGAAGUGGGAAUUUGAACUUUAAAUAAUUUCUGCUGUAGGUCCUGAAAACAUGAGGAAGCAACACAUAUCCUGUUAAGCUGAGGGGUUUGGACCUGCAUGAGUGCUCAAAUACUCUGAGCCCCAGUUGAUUACUGACAACGCAGCGUACCUGGGGUAAAAAGAAAUGAAGAAAAUCCAAAAAUAAUCAAGUGGAAAAUGGAACAACAGAGUCCAGAAGGGCUGACACAGACUGUGGAAAGCAACUGAAGCAGCACUUCACUUUGCCUGACCAUAGCUGGUGCCAGGGAGAAUUAGCACAAACAGGAAAUUGCUUUUUUUCUGACUGUAGAAUGUUUUUGUGUGUUUAUGGGUUUUUAAUUAAUUCAGGAAAAGGAGGCUAUGAAAUUGUCCGACCAAAAUUUGAGAAGUACUUAAUGCCAGACAACAAAAGAAAUAUGAGAUAACCUUUUUUGCCUGAUAACUUCUUAUUUUUUUUCCCUGGAAAGCAUAAAGAGAAAUUAAAACUGUAAUUAAAAAUAGAUGUGAGUGAUAAGGGGCUGAUGAUCCAUCAUUGCAAGUUUGGAAUGGAAACUGAAUCUCAGAUUUAAAAAAUAAGAAAAUAAAGAAAACUGAACAGGGGCAUGAAUUUUGAUUACACAUGAAAUCUAUAGGGGAAAAAAAUACCCUGAGGGACGUCAUUGAUAAAUACAAAUGCAAAGAUGAUGGACCACGCAGGUAGGAUUGAGAGUCAAAAAUAACCCAAGGAAAAAACCCUGGGGCUGAAAGGCAGGAAGAGCCAAGGUCAGCCGAGAGAGCACAUCUGUCUGCACAGGCUGUGAUAAGUGAGACAAACGGGAGCAGUACCUGCUGCUCCCCCAAAGGGGACAGCUUCACCAUUACUUGCUUGUAUUUCUUUUCACACUGGCAGCCAGUGGUCAUUGAACUCUCAGACUGAAAAGAGAUACCUGGAAGUGUGACAGGGUACUGUCACAGAGGGGGUGUGAGCAGGCAGCCUUGCACAGAAGCUACAGCCCUCGUGAGAGUGGCUUUCCUCUGUAAAGAAGUAUGGGGAUUAGAUGUGUGAGUCAAUAACAAAGCAGUAAAGGCAGAUAUUUGCAAUAUUAUGAAAAUAAAGGGUACACCUCAAUGCAAUAGGGGUGUGUCCAGCCCUUAAUGCCGUCAUCUGUGUGCCCAUUGAAUACUGACACAUUUUCAAAUGACAUUGUGGUUUGGGCAAGUCAGGAACUGAGUUUUGCCUAGAGGAUCAGGUCAGCUUGGGAAGGAUUCAUACAUAACUCCUGGGAUUUAACUAAGUGAGCAGGUAUGCCAAGUCUGUGUGGUGGCAAUGAUGUAUUGGAGAGGUAAUUGGUACAAAUGGAUGUGGCAAAGUUAUCUCCCAUGUCUGCCCUAAAAGGCAAAGUUUUGUGGGAAUUGAAAGCCUAUAAGGGUAUUUGUGCUGCCAUGAUGGUAACUUAAAUGUACUGCUGAAUGAAGACGUACUAUGCAUGCAAUCUUGAUUUAAUGCACUGAGAAGGUGUGGGAACUACAUGCUUUCCACAUCAAAACGCUGUAUUGUUUCAGUCUUCUUGUCAUGCUGCAGUCCCACCAGAAACCAGAGUUCAAAGAAUCACAGUAAUUAACAAAAGCCAUGUGUCAGAGCUGAAGGAAGUUUCAGGUUUUUGUUUGGAAGAUGUGAAAGUCUAUUGUUUGUUUCAUGUUAUUACUGAUAAAAGAAAGCUUAUAACCACCUUCACUUCUCUGCUCCCCAAAAAAUAUAAACAUCCUUUUUUCAUCCUCUGCUGAAAUUAUAUGCCUUGUCAAUUGAGUACACAGCUGGGAGAGGUUUGGUAGCUGGGGAUUGUUUUUCUAAAAAGUUUGGAAAAUACAUGAAGAUCCAAGGUUCAUAUGGGUCAUGUAAUCAUCAAUAUGAUGAUUAUAACCAGUUAACCUUUUGCAUAUUUGUGCUGACAGUGAGGAGUGACUUUUGUUUUCCUGAAAUGUUUUGCAAAUACAGCAACAUCCAGCGUUCAUAUGGAUCACGUAAUCAUCAAUAUUUUGAUUACAGACAUCCUUGUGCUGCCUGGAUUACCAGAUCAGUGAUUAUCAGAUCUGUGACUCCUGGUGCUUCAGGAAAUCUGAGGUCUUUACCUCUAUGUGUGUGGGGAGUGCCUCACUCUUCCCACUAUCUUAUGGGGAACUCUCUGUCCUUGUUAGUAGGGUUUUGUAAGACAUAAUAGUAAUUCUAUUUGGAAGAAAUAUGUUGAAAGUGAUAGACUGAGGUCAGGGAUGGAAAGUAAGUUUGGUCAGCAGGGUCAAGAAAGCUUUAGGUUGUGACAUUGCACAUUUUAAGUGCCUUGGCUUCAUGGGCAGAGAAGUUCUGGGGAGAGGUGGUACCAAAGCAUUUGUCAUGAUGAGCAGAAACAAUUGGAGGAGUGAAUAGAGAAAGGACAUCUUCCAAGUAGAGUGGGCACAGAGAGGCUCCCAAACCCCUCACUGAAUUCAGAUGCACGCAAUUGCAGCUGCUAAAUAUAGCUUUGCUGGAGCAUCUGGAGCACAAGUUUAACAUAUGUAGGAUUGUAGAGUUUUCCUUAAAGCUUACCUUUUUUUUUCUGCAAACACAUGAAGUCCAAGCUCACACUGGUGGCGCUGUAUCUGGCUUGUAUUUGGGCAGUGUUUGCACAGGCUGUGUUUGCAUGUGCAUGUUUCCAAAAUACAACAUAUUCCUGUCUCCUUAGGCACCCUUGCUCUGCACAGAUAGCAUAGGAUAAAUUGAAAAACUACAUUCUGUAACCUAGAAAACUCGUUCUAGAGAGACUGUGACUCUCUCAAGUGUCUCAGCUUGCCUCACUGACCACUUAAGCAACUGCUACAGUGUUCCUGUUGAUUCAGGCUCCUGGUCACAGAGCAAUGCCAGCUUUUCUCAUGUUCACAGAUCCUCUAGGUUGUCAGCAUCAUCACCUUCAGAUCCUUUAAAUAAACUUGUCUGAUGAUUAGGACACUGAAAAUUUCAAUACCAGCCAGUUUCAAUGUGAUUUUUUUUUUUUUUUAAUGCUCUAUUACCUCUGCCUAUCAGGAUAUAUUCAGGGCCUUAAAUGCAUUUCUGGUGCCUGGCCUUCGCUUCUGGGCCAGGCAGUUUGCAGACAGUGGAGGAGAAAUUUUAUUGUGGUCUGCUCCAAACAUGCAGGAUGACCAGCAAUGGACAAACAGUGUUGAGCAGCAGCAGAUUUACAGGAAACCAGUGCUUCCCGCUGCUUCCUCCUCUUCAAGGAGGCUGGUCUUGCUCUGGGUAGACACGCAGUUCCUCUGUACCUCAAGUACAGGCUCUGGGUGUGUAUUUCUCAUUUUCAUAUAGCACCAAUGUAGUGGGAAUGUCCUUUUCAGUCUCUUCUCCACUGGCCCCUUCUUUGUGCCAUGUCAGGUGAUGAAUUGAACAGCAUGUCCCAGAAGUUCCAUGGAGUUGGACUAAAAUAAAGUUUUGGGAUGUCUCUAUUUGGAUUAAAAUUUGGAAAGAAGAAAUUGAAAGAGGAAGAGAGACAACUUCAAGCAAACAACCGGGAUUUUAAUCUGCAGUUUGAAUAUGCUAAUAAUUCAAUUAAAACAUCGAAAUACAAUUUCUUCACUUUCCUGCCUCUCAACCUGUUUGAGCAGUUUCAGCGAAUAGCCAAUGCCUACUUCCUUUUCUUGCUGAUUUUGCAGUUGAUUCCUCAGAUUUCCUCACUGGCCUGGUUUACAACAGUGGUGCCCCUGGUGCUGGUGCUGGCUGUAUCAGGAGUCAAGGAUGCCAUUGAUGAUUUUAAUCGACACAAAAGCGACAAACACGUCAACAACCGCCCAGUCCAGGUCCUGAUCAAUGGCAUGUUAAAGGAGCAAAAAUGGAUGAAUGUCCAAGUGGGGGAUAUAAUAAAACUAGAAAACAACAACUUUGUGACAGCUGAUCUCCUGUUGCUGUCGAGCAGUGAGCCACAUAGCCUGACGUACAUCGAGACAGCUGAGCUGGACGGUGAAACAAACCUGAAGGUGAAGCAAGCACUGACAGUCACUGCAGAGCUUGGAGAAGAUCUUCAGAAGCUGACUGAGUUCAAUGGAGAAGUCAGAUGUGAGGCACCAAACAACAAACUGGAUAAAUUCACAGGAACUCUUUCUCUCUGGGGAGAGAAAUAUGCCCUGGACAAUGAGAAGAUGUUGCUGAGAGGCUGUACUAUCAGGAACACAGAGUGGUGCUUUGGGCUCGUUAUUUAUGCUGGGCCAGACACGAAACUCAUGCAGAACAGCGGAAAAACAACUUUUAAGCGAACAAGCAUCGAUCGGCUCAUGAAUGUCCUUGUGCUGGUGAUCUUUGCAUUUUUAGCACUGAUGUGUCUCAUCCUAGCCAUUGGCAAUGGUAUCUGGGAGCAUGAUAAGGGCUACUACUUCCAGGUCUAUCUGCCCUGGGCAGAGGGCGUCAACUCUGCCUCCUACUCUGGCUUCCUCAUGUUCUGGUCAUACGUGAUCAUUCUAAACACAGUGGUACCUAUUUCACUCUACGUCAGUGUGGAGAUUAUACGUUUGGGUAACAGUUUCUACAUCGACUGGGACCGCAAAAUGUAUUACCCGCUGAAUGACACGCCCGCUCAGGCUCGAACCACUACACUCAACGAAGAGCUGGGGCAGAUCAAGUACAUCUUCUCAGACAAAACAGGAACUCUCACCCAGAACAUCAUGUGUUUCAACAAGUGCUCCAUCAAUGGCAAAUCCUAUGGUGAUGUGUAUGAUAUGUCUGGGCAAAGGAUAGAAAUAAAUGAGAACACAGAGAAGGUUGAUUUCUCAUACAACCCAUUAGCAGACCCAAAGUUUGCCUUCUAUGACCACAGCCUGGUUGAAGCCGUGAAGCUGAACGACGUCCCAACGCACAGGUUCUUCCGGCUGCUCUCACUUUGCCACACGGUGAUGCCAGAGGAGAAGAAGGAAGGUAACUUGGUGUAUCAAGCACAAUCUCCUGAUGAGGGAGCCCUAGUCACUGCUGCCAGAAACUUUGGAUUUGUGUUCCGGGCUCGCACACCAGAGACCAUCACUGUUGUGGAAAUGGGAGAAACAAAAGUCUACAAACUUCUGGCUAUUCUUGAUUUCAACAAUGUUCGCAAGCGAAUGUCUGUGAUUGUGCGGAGUCCAGAAGGUGACUUGACUUUGUACUGCAAGGGGGCUGACACCAUUCUUUAUGAACUGCUUCAUCCAUCCUGCAACUCUCUCAAAGAGGAGACCACAGAACACCUGAAUGAGUUUGCUGGAGAAGGCCUGAGGACACUCGUGGUGGCCUAUAAGAGCUUGGAGGAAGACUACUUUCAGGAUUGGAUCAGGCGCCACCAUGAAGCAAGCACUGCCUUGGAAGGACGGGAAGACAAACUGUCGGAGUUGUAUGAAGAGAUUGAAAAAGACCUAAUGCUGCUAGGUGCCACAGCCAUAGAGGACAAGCUACAAGAUGGGGUCCCACAGACAAUUGAGACUCUUGCCAAAGCCAACAUCAAGAUAUGGGUUCUCACUGGAGAUAAGCAAGAGACAGCAAUGAAUAUUGGUUACUCCUGCAACUUGCUGAAUGAUGACAUGGAAGAAGUUUUCAUUAUCGAAGGCAGCACAUCUGAUGACGUACUGAAUGAGCUGAGGAAUGCAAGAAAAAAGAUGAAGCCAGACUCCUUUCUGGACAGUGAUGAAAUCAACAUUCAGUUUGAAAAAUCUUCGAAAAAGCAAAUAAUUAUACCUGAUGAGCAAGCAAAUGGGGUGUACGGUCUGGUUAUCACUGGCCACAGCCUGGCUUACGCGCUGGAAGGGAACCUGGAGCUGGAGCUGGUGAGAACUGCCUGCAUGUGCAAAGUGGUGAUCUGCUGCCGGGUGACUCCCCUGCAGAAGGCCCAGGUGGUGGAGCUGGUGAAGAAGUUCAAGAAGGCUGUGACCCUGGCCAUCGGAGACGGUGCCAAUGAUGUCAGUAUGAUCAAAACUGCCCACAUCGGGGUCGGCAUCAGUGGCCAGGAGGGGAUGCAGGCUGUCCUGUCCAGCGACUUCUCCUUCGCGCAGUUCCGCUACCUGCAGCGCCUGCUCCUGGUCCACGGACGCUGGUCCUACAUCCGCAUGUGCAAGUUCCUCAAGUACUUCUUCUACAAGAAUUUUGCCUUCACCUUGGUGCAUUUCUGGUAUGGCUUCUUCUCUGGCUUCUCAGCACAGACUGUCUAUGAUGAGUGGUUCAUUACACUUUACAAUUUGGUAUACACCUCUCUCCCAGUGCUAGGAAUGAGUCUCUUUGAUCAGGAUGUGGAUGAUCGCUGGAGCAUGCUGUUCCCUCAGCUAUAUGUGCCUGGCCAGCAAAACCUCUACUUUAACAAGGUGGUGUUUGUCAAGUGCAUGUUGCAAGGGAUCUACAGUUCCCUCAUCCUCUUCUUCAUCCCCUAUGGGGCCAUGUACAAUACAAUGAGAAGUGAUGGGAAGGCCAUUGCUGACUACCAGUCCUUUGCUCUGAUGGCCCAGACCUGCUUACUGAUUGUGGUGUCUGUACAGAUUGGCUUGGACACCUCUUACUGGACAGUUGUCAACCAGUUCUUCAUCUGGGGCAGCCUUUCUGUUUAUUUUGCUAUCACCUUCACCAUGUACAGUGACGGCAUGUACCUGAUCUUCACAGCCUCCUUUCCCUUCAUUGGUACGGCUCGUAAUACCCUCAGCCAACCAAACGUGUGGCUGGCCAUCUUCCUCAGCAUCACCCUCUGCGUGCUGCCGGUGGUUGGCUUUCGAUUCCUGAAGGCUCAGUUAAAGCCAACUCCCAGCGACAAAGUCCUGCUGAAGAUCAAGGAAGCCAAAAAGCGGCCCCCUCCACCCUCUCCCAAGCGACGCCUGCGCCGGACCAGCACCCGCCGCUCUGGCUACGCCUUCUCCCACCAGCACGGCUUUGGAGCACUCAUCAUGUCUGGGAGGAACAUGAGGCCAAAAUCACCUUUUGCCACAACGGGAACAUUUUCACCCAACAGUGACAAAUAUAAACACAAAGGAUUGUAACAAAGGAAAAAAAAAGGAGAGAAGAAAAAGACACACACCCCCCCUUCCCCCCACUCCGUUCCCCUUAAAAAUUAACAAAGCAAACCAAAGCAAAGGGCUGUCAGGAGAGGAGGCUGUGCUGCUUGCAAGGCACCGAGCCAGCGGCUGCCCAGAGCUCUGCCCUCCGGGCUGCCAAAUGAAGGACUUGGGGCUUUCCUUUCACCCACAUGCACUCUCUGAUUUUAGUUUCUUCUCCAGAGAUGUGUGCUGCUGCUGGGGAAGGCGGGCAGGGUGAGUUGGAGUGUGGAGUUGCAUGGUAUCCCAGAGAGCCUCCCUGGCACAAGAGAGAGCGUGCUGUGGGAGGCAUCUCUGCUCCCUGAGAUUGUUCAUAAUGCUAAUAUUUUUUUCUCCCUCUAACUAUAUACCUCAGAGCAAAGAGAAUUUCAGUCUGAGGAAAAGGUUGAAUUGGCAAUGUCUUUCUCAGUCAUGUGCCUUCUAUUUUUCUUCAUGAAUCCACUCUGGGCCGUAUUACUGGGGUGACAGUAUUAACCCCAGGUGUGCCUUAGGUCCAGCCACACAACCCACAAAUCCACAACCUUUGUAACAUGUGUGAUUUUGUAGCUUUUGACUGUGAUCCACUUUCUCAAGAGAUGGCCAGUACCCAAACACCACCCUCUUCCCACAUCUGCCAUCAGGAAGUGCUGCAAGCUCAGAGAAACUCUCAGCAGGUCAAGGGACCAGGAGCUGAAAGUCAUCAGCCUGCCCUGAUUUUUCUGGGUUGCAAAUCUGCUCUUGUAAAGGAUUAUUGUCCUCAGAACUCUCUCAAGUUUUGUAACUGGGCACCAGCCAUUUCAUUUAGACUUAAAAUAAAAGAGCAGAAGGCGCUCAGGGUUCCUUAUGGAUCAAACCAUGAAAUCUGGCCCCUGAAAAGCCCGUGCCAUGGUUAGAGCUCACCUGAGCUGCCAGCACGAGGCAUCUGCCCCCCUUAAAAGAAUGAGGUGUGUGCACAUCUGUCUUGAUGGUGAUCACAACAGAAUUAUUGAAGCCAGAAAAGCUGUUUCAUGGCCAGCAGCUGAAAUAGCCCUGGCUCCACUGGUGCUGGCAUUCAGUGUAAGGGAUGAAGCAUGGCCUGGUGCUCCCUCACCCUCCCUGAUCAGCAGAGUGGCCACGAUUCAGAGGAACUUAGUGAGGCCUCAGGAGUCUCUGCAGUGUUUCGUGGCUGCAGUGUUUCUCUAUGCUGGCUCAAAUUUUACUUGGGAACAGGUUAUCUAUCAAACAUGGGUAGUAGAGAGCUGAAAAAAAUCCUACCAGUCUGACUGCCAGCAGAGGGACCUAAAAUGCACAGACACAGCUAAAGACGUGGUGAUCUUGAGGGACUGGGAUUUGCUCGCUGUUUUGUCACACCAACUCCAUAAUCAGCAGGGUUACUGGGUGGAAGGCCAGCGUGGCAGCGUGAGAGUCUGUCCUGCCAGCACUGCUGAGCUGUCUAAAUGCAGCUUUUUUUUGUGCUGAGGACUAAGCCUCUGGCUGUUGUUAUGGGGGUGGGGUUUUUUUGUUUUUUUUUUUUUUUUUGUUUGUUUGUUUUUGUUUUUUGUUGAGGUUGGGGUUUUUUUCAGCUCCAUUAUACAAAUUUAGACUCCUUCCUUAAUUUGAAUUGGAUUUUUUUUUGUGCAGUAAGCAGUUGAUAUUUAUGAGACUCUGUUGUGAGUCUCUGAGCUGUCAGGAGGCAGUGUAUGAUGGCAAGAGGCCAGCCAUGUCCCCAUUUCAUGGAACACCCUGCUGCCUGUGGUCCCAGUUUCAGCAGUUACUGCAUGGGAUUGUUUAAGCUCUAAUAGAAGGUUUCAUCUACCUGUGUUUUAACUCAGUGCAGGAAAGAAAAAAACAAAAACCAAAACCAACCAACCAUACUAGUCUGUUGCACCUGCUUCUUGGGGAGGCUUGUUGCAAAGUGUGUAUUAAAUUUCAGCACGGCCAGUGCAAAAGUGGAGCUGGGACUGGGUCCAGACUUCAGUGUCUAGGAGCUGCUUGCUAGGGAAGGAGUAAAUUAUCUGGUGAUCUCCCCUGUUAGGAGACACCUAAGUAAAGUGAGAGCCUGCACUCUGGCUGAGGAAACCACCGUGGUGGUUAAUGCUUGUCACCUCCCCCUGAUUUACCAUUCACUUUGCAGAGACAAUCAUGGCUUUCUGAUGAGGAUUAUGUUUUUCACAGUCAGUCUCCCUGGGGUUAGGGGAAAAAGGAGAAUUUGUGCAGAUAAGCAGACAUGCCCACGAUACCCAGACUAGUCUGUGGAUUGAAAGUCCUAUCAAAGCUGUUCCUGGCAUCUGAUGCAGCAGAAUAUAUUGCAGAGCAGCAGAGGCAGACCUUGCUGACAGAGCAAGGAAAAUCUGACACUGUGCCUCUCCUCUCAUAUGGUUUACGUGCAGAGUACUCACCUUCUGGCUAAAAGGGGAUUUGAAAAUGUUGGCUACAACAUGUAGGGGAUAAUAAAGCUGUUGGUGAGCUUGCACCAGAUACAAUUCUUUCAGUGGUUUGACACAAUCAGCAUUUGAAACACAUCAGCUGGCAGUGAUGUCUGUCCUACAUCACUCCUGAUUUUGUAAAAUAAUUGUUUGGUUUUUUUUAAUAAAAAGAGAAUAUUGGGAUGAUA